UUGGCAGUUCUUUAAUGGCUACCACUAGUGACGGGUUGUUUAUCUCUGAAUAACUGACUUCGACUAAAAUACAAAUUUUAGGUGUUAGGACUGUGUUUACGUAAACAUGACGGGGAUUUUGCCCACAUACCAGCGUUUUGUGAAUGGAGUCCCGGUGCCGUCCAUAUCUCGGCGCUCAUUCCGUCUGCGAGAGAAAUAUUUGAUUGUUUCAGUACUUUUGACAUUCGGAAUCGUGUGGUUAGGAGCACUGUUUUACUUGCCAGAGUUUAAAAGUUCCACCAGUGUGAACGACAGUGUGUAUAAUGUGUACAAACGUAUCCAAAAAGCUGGUCCGGAACUGCUGAUGCCACCACCACUGGCGCAGAACGAUGUGGGAGACUUCCCCGUGGUAGGAAUCGUUCGUCACGGAGAAGAAGGAGAUGAUCCCCACAUCGUUGAAGACAGGAACCGUUUACGAGCUAAGAUAGAGGAGGAUAUGGGUAUGAAAGUGCUGGAGAGACCUCAGUUUGAUGCUGCCCCUUCGGUGUCGUCAUCCCGUGGGCCUAGCAAAGCUCCUGUAGAUGCUCUUGAGGAGCCAGCAGUUGGGAAUAAUGCUGCCAGCAAAGAUGUGUCCCCAUCUGGACCCAAAGCAGAAGCUUCUGACAAGUAUGUAGCUGUGGCGCUGACUUCUGAUGCCGAUCCUGAAAUCAGGCAUAAGCUGGAAACUGUUAAAGAGAUGAUGCGGCACGCGUGGAACAACUACAAGCUAUACGCGUGGGGCAAGAACGAGCUGAAGCCGAUAUCGAAGCGUGCGCAUCUGUCGAGCGUCUUCGGCGGCGGAGAACUCGGCGCCACCAUCGUUGAUGGGCUCGACACGCUGUAUUUGAUGGGGAUGCACGACGAAUUCAGAGAGGGACGCGACUGGGUCGCUGAACAUCUGCACAUCGGGGAGGUGGACUCCGACCUCUCAGUGUUCGAGACCACCAUCCGAUUCGUGGGUGGUCUGCUCUCGUGCUACGCGCUGACCGGCGAUGCGGUGUUCAAGGACAAAGCGGCGGAAGUGGCGGACGCUCUGCUGCCGGCCUUCGAGACACCUACUGGCCUGCCAUAUGCGCUCAUAAACCCGUCUACUAAGGUCGGUCGUCAGUACCAUUGGUCAGGCCCCAACAGCAUCCUCUCCGAAGUGGGCACCCUUCACAUGGAGUUCACGUACCUUAGUGACGUCACCGGCAAAGAUGUGUACAGGCAGAAGGUGGACCGAAUCCGCGAGGUGCUGAACAACGCUGAGAAACCUAACGACCUCUACCCGAACUUUAUCAACCCGCGCACUGGACAGUGGGGACAGAAGCACAUAUCGCUGGGCGCGCUCGGCGACUCGUUCUACGAGUACCUGCUGAAGGCCUGGCUGGUGUCCGACCGGGAAGACUCGCAGGCGCGCGUCAUGUUCGACGCCGCCAUGCAGGCCGCGCUCGACAAGAUGCUACGCGUGUCGCCCUCCGGCCUGGCCUACCUCGCCGAGGUGAAGUACGGCCGCGUGUUCGAGGAGAAGAUGGACCACCUCUCGUGCUUCGCAGGUGGUAUGUUCGCGCUGGCAUCGACGACUCUCGAGAACAGCCUAUCGGAACGCUACAUGGAUGUCGCCAAGAAGCUGACGCACACCUGCCAUGAAAGCUACGCGCGGGCGGACACCAAGCUUGGGCCUGAGGCCUUCAGAUUCAGCGGCGCGGUCGAGGCGCGCGCGCAGAAAAGCAACGAGAAAGUUUAUCUGCUUCGGCCCGAGACUUUCGAGAGCUACUUCAUCAUGUGGCGCCUCACGCGCGACCAGAAGUACCGCGACUGGGGCUGGGAGGCUGUGCAGGCGUUGGAGAAGCAUUGCCGCGUGGAGGGCGGCUACACGGGGCUCGUGAACGUGUACCACCAGAGCCCGCAAGGAGACGACGUACAGCAAAGCUACUUCCUCGCCGAGACGCUCAAGUACCUCUACCUACUAUUCGCGGACGACAGCCUAUUAUCUCUAGACGAGUGGGUUCUCAACACAGAAGCGCAUCCUCUCCCAGUCAAGAACAAGAAUCCUUUGUACCGCGCCGCGCCGCCCGCGCCUCGUCCGAGGCCAGACGACAAUACCGUGUGAGGCCUCUCAGGCCCCAAGCGAGUAGCCACCUGAGAGGUAAUCUAGUCUGACGGACUUCUUAGCCUUGUAUUCGGUAGGAGAUACAUGUUACAUGUGUUGGUAACAUGACGUAGCAAGACUUCCAGGCCUAAGAUGCGCGCCGUGAUAACUUUUAUCGACGUCAAAAUGUAUGGGCAAAAUCGAUAAAGUGGCGUGAUAACCGCUUAUCGCGGCGCGCAUCUUAGGCUUACUAGUAAAUAUAGCAUUGUCUAAUAUUAAAUUGCAAGAGUACUGCAGCAUGAAAUGUUGAAUGAUAUGAUGUCGUUUGCCCCUUAGUAAAACGUGACACGUGACAUUUGUCGCCUAGUAAAUACAAGGCUUAAUAGGGCAUUUGUGGACGAGUAAAAUGUUUAAUAAUAUUGUGGAAAUAUAGUCUUGGCUAACGGACAUUUUUUGGGCAAUACUCGAAUGUUGCUGUACGCUAUAUUGGCGCAAUAUUGCUAAGCAAUAUAGCUCGAAGACUCGGCUCAUUUAUUUGAACUUUGAUCAAUAGAUUCCUCCUUUGUUUCUUGAUUGUGACCCAUCUCUUGUUGGUAUAAAGCAAACAAGCAAUUUUUAUAUCAACAGAGAUUAGUCUCCUAAUUUAUUUUUUUCCAUAAAACUAUUUACUUAAGUUGUAUAAAAACAUGAACUGGCAACUUUCUCAUUAACGUUAAAUAGUAUUUGUUGCCUAAAAAUAAUGGACACAGCUCAUGGAUCAUCAAUGGCAUAUUAAUUGUUAUUCUAAUUAGUUUAAACUAGAUCUAAUAAAUUGCAAAAAAAAUAAGAAUUUAAUUCACGUAAGUUUUAAACAGGUCUGCAUGAAAACUUUGAGUGAAAAUCGAUAAAAUAAAAGAAAUUACUUCGACCAUUAAUAAUAAUGUAACUGCGAUUUGAUACGAAUUUCAUGAUGAUUGCUUUAUUUAUUUAGCUUCCUUUUAGAACUUAUAAAUUGUGCCACAUAGUAUUGCAGUCUCUCUUUUUCGCCUUGGUGGAUAAAAUGGAAAUAUACUAAACUUCAUUAAUUUCAAUUCUUUAUUUGCAUAACUCUAAUAUAUCGUAUAUAGCUUUGCUGAAUAACAAAAUGUUAUUUUAAUACCAUAGUAAGGGGAAAAAGAGAGAUCACACUUCAGAUAAUGGUACAACAAAAUUGACACUUUUAUUUAUUAUGUAGUACAAAUCUUUGAAAAAGCGCGCAGAAGGUUUGUGAUUGUGACAAUUGUAAAUAUUAUUUUGUAUUCUUUUAGUGUGAUUUUUUAUUAAAAAUCAUAACUUUACUCUGUUUCUUUGUAACUCUAUUGCACUUUUCUUUAAUGAUAUUCCUUUUUCUAAGACGUGACGAUUCGUAGACUUAUUAUAUUCAUCUGGUUAUCAAAUUGCUCAUAAUCUACUGCUAUUCUUAGCAAAAACUUAUUUUAAAUAUCUUAUUUCUUCAAUCACCCAAAAAAAUUAACUAAAAAUAUGGCAUAGUACAUUUUCUCAAAUCCUUAAACAUUAUUCUUAUGACGUAUAAAAUUAAUAUCGUAUGUAUAUUCUACCCUGUAUACAUUUGUAACCCAACUCAACUUUUUGAAUCGUAGUUUAGGUAAUUAUAAUAAGUAAAAGUUUAAACAAAAUAAUAUGACGAGCCAACAUAAAAACGUCAUUGUAUGACUCGAUUUUAAAAGUAACUAAAAUACACGCUAGGUUAUUAAAUAAAGCAUAGAACUAACAGCGAUUGUGGAAGCGGCUACCAUUGCUCAAGUCAAUUACAGAAAAUGAUGACGAAACGAAUAUUUUUAGGAUCAAUUCAUAUUAUAUCAAUUCUCAUAUCAGACAUUAAAACCCACAUAGUCAUGAAAUUUUAAACAGUUGCAAUAAUUUUGUCUCUUUUUGUCUUAUUGAAAUCAACAUUUGCCAGAAAGUGACAAAGUAUUUAUCCACUGUUUGAAAUUUUAUGAAUAAGAGGGAUAAAACUUAUAAGCUUAACGCAUCAGUAAGGCUUAAAGUCCUCUAGACAGCAUAAAAAAUAGGUUCCAUUUGAAAAUAUUGAACCUAAUUACUACUGCAUGAAAUGCGAAUAUAGACUGCCGUAAACAAUUGAAAAAGAGCGGCGUAUUUUACGAAUAUUAAAUCUCCAAUUCACAUACGAAACCAAGUUGUAUGAUAUCGUAAGCUGAUUGAAAAAUACGCCUCUAUUCUUUUAAUUUUCCUGCUUCAUUUACCGAGUAAUUCUGAUGUCAUUGAAAUGGUAUCUAAGUCCAAUUGUAUGUGGAUGUGUAUCGAAAACGGCUCAGCACUUGUGACCAAUAUAGUUGUUACGGGCAUUAUCACUGUACUUUAAGCACAAAUCAUAUUUUCCGUUUGUGAUUUAGAAAUUUCACGUUAUAAAAUACACAUUUAACUAUUAAUAUAUUAAAAUGAUACGAUUUUAUGAUUCGUGGUGUUUCAUGGUAGUUUUCAUACAACAUUUGUUUUUGCACUUAUGUAGAGAAACAAAUAAGUUGCAACAUUUCUGUUAAAAGUCCAGUAAAAACCAAGAAUCAUAAAAUGCUAAUUUUAUUAACUAAACACGAUAGUCGUUUAUUAGUCUAGUUUACUAUUGAGGUAUCUUAAACUUAACUGUACGAUUUUUUAUAAAUAAAACAGAAUAUUUUUUUAUUUAUUGAUUGAUUUGAUAUAUUUUAUGUUUCGAUCCGCGAACUGUGAGCGGAAUUGAUAUUAUUUUCAAUCAGAUCUCGUAUUUGUAAACUCGAAGAGAUUACAACGUUUUAAAUUGUAACAUAAUAAUUUGUUUAUAGCAAACAUAUCCCUAAAUGAAUAACGUUUUGUAGUACUAUUUGUAAAGGCGUAGUUGGUAGAAAUCGCGAGAACGCGUGGUAUAAACGUACGUCAUAACUUCACAGGCCCAUGUUAUAGGGUUUUUUUCUUUCUUGAUGUUUUAUGUUGGAGUAAAAGUUGGCUGAUCAGGAAAGUGAAAACCGAACUUACUCCCUUCUUUUAUUCGCUAUCACUUUUUGAAAACUUUCGAAAGGUAUUGCAUUUUUCACACGAACUUGUUACAAAUCUAAAUGAUCUUUUUUCCUCAAAUCGUUUACAAAUUACCUGAUCAGAAAAGUGAGAACUGGUUUGCUUUAAGUAUGUAUGUGAUUCUAAUACAAAGUUACAUAAUUAUGUUUAUUAUUUAAUUACUGCACCUGUUAAUGAAGCAUUUAAAUAAAUAAUUUACCCUUAUUGCUACUUUGUUUCGAAUUAAACAAUCGCUCCCGAAUCAGAUGCAAUAAUAUUCUGUAACCAACACGAAGAGGUUAGACAAAGUAGGUAAAUAUUUGUAAAUUUGUAUAUAUUAGUCAUAGACGGUAAAAUAUUUUAGUUUUAGGUACUUUGUGUGUAGGUAUAUUGUUAUUUUUUAAACUAAGAGACGUGUAUGUGCGUUGAAUGUAUGUAUUUGUUUGUAAUUUAACUAAAUAUUAUCGUAAAUACUGCCACGUUAACAUUUUUUGUAUAAGAUUGCAAUCUUUGGCGUUAAUUACAUUACUGAUAUUUUUGGGUAUUAUUGUAUCUUGCCCGACUUAGCCCACGGUUGCAGCUUAUGAUUUGCGUGCCCAACCAAUUAGAUAAUUCAUUUAGCAAAAUAUAUUUUAACACGCCGUAUAUUUUGUCACUCAGAUCCAAAAAUGUGAACAGUUGCACCGAUAUUAUUACACUGCAAGUGUGUCCAUAUUUUUGCACCUGACGUGCUCGGCGUAUCCUAUCCUAAAUCAGAGAAUUUAAUCUGACUCAAUAUAAAGUUAUUUAUUCGUGUAUUGAAAUUUACUAUCCGAAUUUGCAUAAUAUAAACUGUGUUUGAACGUAUUUAUUCUAUGUUACUCUGAAUUACAAAUGCAGUUACUCACUGUGAUGGAUAAUCAUAAAAAAAACUUAAUUAUCGGUAUAAAAUUAUUUGAUAUUAUAAGUUGAGUAAUCGAUCCCGUGUGUAACUGCCCCGCUGGCCGCAGCCUGUGAAUCAGAGUUGUUACUGAAUGUACUGCCUGUUAUUUAUGUAAUUUAUGUAUGAAGUUGUAGUAUUUUAAAUGAAUAAUGUACAUUUUUCGGUUAUUAAUUAAACAUGUUU